AUGACAACAUCUGAUACUAUUACAAGACUUUGGCCCAAAACUCUACAGACUAAAUAUGGUUCCAUUUUACAUUCAAUACUAUCCUUCAUAACAUUUACAAUAUUGGGAAAUUAUGCAAGAGCAGGCGUUACAGCAUUGGCUACCUACCAACCAUCAUACGUCAGUUCGGGAAGUGUUCUAUGGAGUAAUUUGACAGGUUGUAUAAUAAUGGGUAUUCUACAAGAAUUAACUGUUGCACCAGGUUGGUUCCCAUUAGAAUUACAACCUUUGUUUGUUGCUUUGACUACAGGAUUUUGCGGUUCAUUCACGUCUUACUCUUCAAUGAUGUUAGAAUUAUUCAAGCACUCAACUAAUACUGCAAUGGAGUCUUCAUCAUCCCAUUGGAAAAAUCAUGCUUAUAGCAUGUUGGAAUUCAUGUCUGUCCUUUUUGUUCAAUUAUUAGUCUCAAUGGCUUCAUUAAUAUUUGGUAGAAAAUUAGCUACUGAUGUAAUUAUAAGGUACGGUUCCGUUGAAACUGAACGCCCAUCCACUGACGAAGAUAAAGAAAUGGAUCCAGAAGCAGAAAUGAUUAAUGCAACAGAACCAAGGCCAUCCGUUAAGACAAUCUUAUUAUGGACCGAUAUAUUAUCAUAUUUGUUAGCUGUCCCAUUAUUAAUACUAAUCAUCGUAUUAGCCUCAUACUAUGGCAAUUAUUCUCGAGCUAAAUGGACUCUGCCGCCUUUAUUCGGUAUAUUUGGUUCUUUCUUAAGAUUUUGGUUAGCUAAUCAAUACAACGGGAAAAGCAUUCAUUUCCCAUGGGGGACAUUUAUCGGUAACGUCUUCUCAACUCUAUUAAUCGCAAUACUGACCAUGGUUCAACGUGGGAAAUUACAUGCAAAUGCCAUCAUACCCAUUGUCCAUGGUAAAAAUGCAUGUCUAAUAGUUAGCGCGUUAAUUAACGGGUUCUGUGGUAGUUUAAGUACAAUUAGUACUUUCAUUAAUGAAGGUUAUAAAUUGUCCUUUGAGGAUACAAUGAUUUAUUACUUUAUUUCCAUUUUCGUUUCUUAUUGUUGCAUUGUUAUUACAUUAGGUUCGUAUGCUUGGUCAAAGGGUUUAGUCUCCCCGGUGUGUUAG